ACGGAAUAUGCAAACAAGUAAGUGAAGAAUUGGUUCCUUUAUUGGAAGUUAGGAAACCUCGGAAUGUUGAAGGUUCACUGAUUCUAGAGGAAGAACCGGUUAUUCCAGAAUUUAGUUCCCAAGACGCGAAAAUUAACUGA